AUGGGCAAGGAGCUAACGCUGAGAGUACUGAAGCAUAUGUUUGGCUUCGCUCCUGCGAGUCGUCCCGUGGAAACUGAAGAUGUGCUUAAAAUAAUUGGACUUCUUUCUCUGCGGGGCGAAGCGUGUGCCAUGGUGUCGAAUAAGGAGGUGACAUGCAAGAGAGAGAAGUGUCCGAUGCUCUCCAAGGACUGUGCUCUCGUCAUUAAGCAGAGAGGAGCUUGCUGCGAGCGUUGCAAAGAUUGCAGUUUCGGAGGAAAUACGUACAACAGCUCUAUGAAGUGGCACCUCCCUAGCAAUCCCUGUGUUAUGUACCAGUGCCAGGAAGGAGUGAUCGUAGAGUCGGAGGUACAGUGUGUUGUUCAUUGCAAAAACCCUUUCAAAGUCACAGGAAUGUGUUGUCCUGUGUGUCCAGGUUGUAUAUUUGAAGGGAGACAUUACAAUGAAGGAGAAGAAUUUAGGCCUGAAGGAAAUAAAUGUACCAAGUGCUCUUGCAUU